UCUGGAUGAGCGGUGACCGGCAGAACCGGGCCUCCGGCACAGUACAGCAGACCUGUAACAUGGUGGAAGAUGCUGGGAAUCUCAAACCUCUGUGGAAGAAGGAAAUACACCUCUCAAGCCCAAAUGAGAACCUGGACGCCAAGAAACUGUAUCAGUUAUACAAUGACGCCCUGCAGCCUCUCACCCUAUUCUCCGGUCAGACAGAGCAGGCAGUCCCGGAGAAGAAAGAUACCAGUCAGGAACACAAAUGUUUAAUAGAGAAGAAGAAUAACCUAAAGGAGAACAUUGAAAGCACUAUUUUCAAUGAUGACGUGUACGGACCUUCAGUCGCUCCUUUCAUGAAGGAUGUGUGCACCGCUUCUGCAGAUGUUCUGAGCCAAAUUAUUAGAAGAAGGUUACAUCAGAUCUCAGCAGUGAAUGUUGUCUCCACAGAAGUUAGGCACAAUUUUGAGGACAUCAUUCUCAGUGAGGUAAAGGUUUCCUGGGCCAACAUUCCAGAUGUUCUGUGCAGUGGAUUAUUGACGCAGAAAGAGAAGCGGCGACUUCACAGGCGCCUCAUCGCCCAUAUCAUGCUUGUCUCUGAGGAGCUAUUCUUGUACUACUUGCACAAAAUGGAGCGGAACAAAUCCCACUCUGUGUUUUCUGAAGAAGCCAAUCUUACACGGUUCAAAGCACAACUGUUACUGGAUUGCUCCAAAUUUAUGAAUGUGUUUUCAGUCAAACAUUACCUAAUUACUGAGAUAAAGGAAUUAGAAGACAAACAGAUAUUGCAUAUUGACACCAGUGAAGCUUUCUACGGUCAAGAGUAUGCGGAUCGGAAGAAAUGUCAAUAUAAGAAGUACAGAUCGAAUUUUACUAUGGAAUAUUUCAUAAGGCUGGGCAGACCUGAGGUUACAGUGCAUAAAGAGAAAAGAGAAACAGACCUGAUGCAGCUUGCAAACAUAAAGCGACUGGACUUAAAAAAAGUGUACAUGCUGAUUCCUAGAGAAGACGACUACCGAUUUACUAAAAAUAUCCACUGUGAAGCGAUAACCACCCCUUGUCUGUUUCUACAUGAAGAAGAUGAUGUAGUAAAAGACAGGCGCAGUCAUACAAGGCGCACAAGUCUGAAGAAAUCAGCUUCCUGCCCUAAUUUGAGGACUGGCCAUCUCCUGGCUGAUGAGUUGAGGAUAAUCUUUAAACAAGGUGCAGCUGAAUGUCCAGAGAUUCUUGGUGCAGCGGAAGAAGUGGUAGUCAAGGACGAUCCCAUAAAAGACGAUCUCAGAAGGUUAACAGAAGACUCCGUAUUGCAGACGUCUGACCAAGGAGAAAGCUCCUGUACUGAAGAGGAGAUCCCUCCCUUAAUAAGAGCUGUAGCUCCUGGAAACACGAAUGCAGCUAAACGCCAGAAAAUGGAAGCUGCAUUACAGGAUUUAAACAAGGACUCAGAACAACAUAAAGAGAGUAAGACAGAAAAUUGUCUGCAUCCUCAGCUUUUCACAAUUGACGUGCAGAUUCCUAACAGACCACUCAUAAGAAAAGCAGAUGUUCAGGCCUCUGACAGGAUAUAUACGGAUUUAACCGAAAUUCCAAAAUACCCCCCACUGUACAAUGAUUUUGCAUCAGAGAUUGAGGCCGCUACUGUGAAGAGGUUGGACAAAAACCUGUCUGUUGGACAAGAACUUCAAGAAGUUUAUACAGAAUUAGCUAAGAAUAUUUCGACAGAUCACCUGAGGUUUGACCAGGAUUUAGACCUUCAACCUUAUGCAACAAAGGUGGAUAUCUCCGUAUGUGCAGCUUCCUCAACACUGACAAAGAAGACAAGCCAGCGUAUCAUUAACAAGGAACUGGACUCACUUGGUUCCAGUGAUAAGUGUGAAAGUGUGGUUCAGCACAUACCGACUGACAAAGAUGCUUCCAGAAUUUGCAAUUCCUGGCUUGUUUGGUGGAAGUCCAUUGUUAACACUGAUGACUACAUGAAAUACCUAUCCAUACAGGAUGUGGAUUACUUGAAGGUGGUAUACCAUCUGUAUAACAGUGAUUCUGAGGAUGAAGAGCAGGCUAAAAUUACAGCAAAAAUAAAGAGGGAAGAAAGGAAAAGGCAACGGGACAAAAAGAUUGCUGAUCUUAGAGAACAGAAGCAGUGCUACAUUCCUGGCAUGUGGAAUGUCAACAGCGUCAUGCUUGGGGGUCUCGGAUCAGAACCACCUUUACAGGAUGCAGAAUGUGAAAUAAAUGAAUCAAUAGAGAUUCCAAAUGAGGUAGAGCCUACACAUUGCCAUGAAGAUAUGCAGAAAAAAAUAAAUGCCAUAUGGACUGUACUUCAUGUUCCAGAAAGCCAGAGACUGGAUAUGGCAAUUAAAUAUAGUUCCAAUGAAUACCGAGAGCGACUGCAAGAGGCUAUAAAAAUGUGGGAAAAAGCAGUAACACUUAUCAAGAGAAGAGAGAAGAUCUUAGCUGAGCUGGAGAUGUUUGAGAGGGCAGCAUCUGAUCCUAAUAGAUUUUUCCACAGAGGGUAUGAAGGAACUUCGAUGGCAAGGAUGGAAGAGUCUAGAAAAAGGAAAAAGUUGCAGAGACAAAUGACAGAAAUAGAGCCUGAAAUAUGUAAAAUAUUACACAUUAUAAAGAAGAAGUUUAGUGACACAGUCAGCUAUAAGGGCAGACCAUAUGCUGACAAAAUGAAGUGGGACAAAACAGAAAUGCUCUAUUGGCUGCAACAGGAACGACGCAAAACCUUAAUGGAAAUCAAUCUUAAAAAAGAAAAUGCAUGUGUUAAACUUGAACCUAUUACCUGACAUGAGAUGUGUAUAAAAUGAUUCAAUUACAAUGUGUGAGAAAUGAAUGGGAUGGAUGUAAAUACACCUGUAA